UAGAAAACGCCCGUAUUUUGACAUUUCCACUAGCGCCACCAUGAAUUGGCAAAUGCCUCGCCAAUCUGUCUGUUUAUUUGUUGUUCCGCAAAAAGUCUCGACGACAAACAGAAGAAAUUAUAUUACCUUGUUUUAAUUGAUUAAUUAGCAUAAGUAAGUCAUCAAAGCAAGUAUGCUAAGUCAGCGCGAGUGCCGCGAGUAGUCUUACGUGAAAUUUGGAUCGGGAAGCAAGUGUUUUGUGUGAUAAGUGUUUGCAAUCCAGUUCCCAUGUUUUGGGAUCAUGUUUACCGAAACAGACACAUUAUGCAGGAGUUUGAGGACAUAGAAGUGCAUAAAACUAGUGUGUCAGUCUUUGUAGCGUUGUUUUAUUUAGAAAUGCUGUAUAUUCUGAUCAUGACGCUGUCUAUUCUCAACAGGCUGAAUCAGCAACUACCCUCAUAAAUAAGUGUAAGUAAAAUAUUUCAAAAUGAAUGGAUACCCUAAGCCUUUGGCAGAGAGGCUUUACCUGCACAGGGAUGAGGACGAUGAGAUAUUUGUAGAUGCUUUACUACACCAGCACCAAAUUGACGGCAUCAGAUUUCUCUACAAGCAGUUUACCAAGAAAAGUCCGGGUGUGGUCAUCAACAAUCCUCUCGGUUAUGGCAACUCCAUGAUAGUGGCGCUGUUUCUUGGCGCCAUCCGCCACUUGCUGGAGAAGCCUAUUCUGAUAAUUUGCGAGGAUGGCCAAGCGUUGAACUGGCUGGAACAUUUCCAGAAGUUAACACACUGUUAUAAUGUCGGCAUAGCAGCGGAGAGUCCCUUCGUGAAGAAAUCCAUCUUCAUCAACACCAUGGCUCGCCUGGAGCAGUUCAGUCGACGGGAAUGGAGCGUAAUGGUGGUGGAUAACGCCGCCUUCCUCAAGGAGAAAACCAUCCAGGCUAAAUAUAAGGCAGACUUCAAAAUUUGGAUCACACCCGAUGAUAUGAAGGACCAUCUUGAUACAUUCGCUUCUAUCCACAAGUGGCUGUUCCCAAACGAGAAACUGAAUAUUGACAAUUUAAAGGCGAAACCUGGAGAUAUCAAAGAUACUAUCGCCAAAACCAAAUUUCUUGACGCAUUUCUACAAGACAAAGUGUUCCGAACACACUUACUUACACCAUUUGAGAAUCCUUAUUCAAAAUCUGAACGAACUUCUACACAAGUAUCCAAGAAAAACAAAGAUGCAACAGGGACCAAAAUAAAACGUUCCAAACGGACGUCAGAAUGUGCCAGCACCUCUACUGCAGUGCCGUCAACUAGCGAUAUGGAACCCGGGCCCAGCGCUGUCAAGAUACCUAGGAAGGCUACACAGGACAAUGCAGCCGAUGACUUCACUAUAGAUAACUUUAAAAACAACAAUGAAUCCACUACAGUAACCCAAGACUCAGAUGACAAAACUCCCGAAAUGGACGUCGAAAGCUUCAUACGUAACGAGGAACCAGUCCAAUACGAUCCAUUCAAAAAAUUCAUGCAAGAUUAUGAUAACAUAUCACACCACAGCGAGGAGGAGAGUCGACCCGAAUUCAUAGAGCAGGAACCGCAAAUAUUCCAGUCUCCCGAGAAAUUAGAAGGUAUCAAGGUAUCAUCAGGCGUUCCGAUGGAUUUCACAGAAAAUGUAGAGAGCUGUUUGGUAGAUAGCGACACGAAUUCCGACAAUCUCAUGCAGAGACCCAAUUUUUUUGUAGAAACAUCUCAAGAUACCAAUGUCAGUGAUUAUGAUAUAGAAUGCAAAUUGCAGUCGACCCCGCCUGAUUUUCUCACUGAUAAUAUUCUGAAUGAAAUGAAAGAUGAAUUGUCAGAGACCAAUAAUUCUGACUCUAAUAACGAUUCCAAACCAGAAGAAACCACGAAAGAGGAACUGGAACAAGUUGUAGAAGAAUCUCCAAAGAAAGAUUUAAAUUCAAAAAUGAAAGAAAUGGACGAUCAGGUAACGAAAAAAUUCCAAGGCUCUUUGUUAGAUAGGCUUUUUUAAAAUGAGACUAUGUGUCAUCACUUCAGCUCUCUUAAGUCUGCCGGAUCCGGAGAGAAGAAGGCGAUAUUUAAGAAUGGUGAGCUACAAAUGUAUUGGUAUUAAAAUGAAAUGGGUAAAGCUCGCCAUGUUAGGUCCUCGCCUCGUCAACCUAGUCAAGUUUAUUUGCGAAACUGUUAUAUGCGCCCGCCCGGGUGUUAAAGAGAUAAUUACCUAUGUACUAAGCCUAUGUCAUGUAAUAUGUAAUACAUACUACAUAUGUUAUAGCUGUCUUUUCAGUUAUUUUUAGCACAGUUUCUUUGAAAUUAAUUGUAAGACACUAAUUAUAAUGCACUCGCUGCUCAGUAGGCCGAAGAUGCGCGCCGCGAUAAGCGGUUAUCACGCCAUUUUAUCGAUUUUACCCAUACAUUUUGACGUCGAUAAAAGUUAUCACGGCGCGCAUCUUAGGCCUACAGGACUCAAUUCAAACUUAAGCGUAGAGUCUUGCCUGUGAUUGGUCGAUAUAAUUUAUGCUUAACUAUGAACUUGUACUCAAAUCUCAAAAUUCUCGUUGUACUGAUCUCCCCGGAUCCGGCAAACAAAUCAGUGUAACUAUUUAUAUAGUAAUAUGCAUUAUGAUGGUGGACGGAGUCCCCAUCAAAUACUUCUCAAAGUAGGAUUUUUAAGUGUAGUGUUACUUACAUCGUAAGUAGCGUGUAGGAAAGAUAACAUUGAUGUAUUUGUGUACUUUACUCAUAUAAAAAUAUGUAAUAACCAGUUUGAUGUUACUUAAGCAAACAUAGAUUUAAUCACACAUGUCCAUAAUAAUUACGUACUUUUCAUAACCAGAAUAGAAUUGCAUACCUACCUUUUUUAUAAAAUAAAAUAGAAUAAUCCAGUAACUUUAAGCUUGAGGGUCAUUCCUCACCUCAUUGCAUAUCUUUCAUAAAUACUUCUAACUAUGGUUUAUAACAUAUUUUAUGCAGAUGUUGACUGUAUUAUGCCAAAAGACUUUAUUUAUUUAUUUUCUUUAUUUAAAAAAAUCUAUUUCUUACUAAGUAAGUACUAAUAUCUUUAGUAUUGAGAUCGAAAAAACUUUCAUUCCCUGAGUUUUUCUUUAUACAAAAAAUGUGAUAAAUAUACGAAUAAGUACAGCAUUGAAAAUGCGAUUUCCGAUUGAGGAAAAGUUUAUAUGUACAAUUGUACGUUUUCUUUAUUUCGUUUAAAUCUAUCAUGUAAUACCUACCAUGUUAUUUACAAAUAUUUUGCAUUUUGUACUGAUUAGUCACUGUGAAAAUGAAAUAAAAUACCUACAAGUCUGCUAUGUAUAAUAUUGUUUUAUUUAUUUCAUUUUUUAUGUCUAUAUUUUCAAAAUAUCACUUAACCAUUCGGUGUUUGGAAUGUAAUUAAACUAAAAUAACAGCCAAAUGUUUUAACACCUUUGAAUUUAGUUAUGCAAAAUAAUAACCACAUAACUAAAUACAAACUGACAUAAUUUGUACAAAAUAUUUAGAAUCUGUUGUUUCAUUUUAAGGCUUUUGCAUGCAGCGUCCUUAUUUUUUAAGUAAAAAUCUUUUUGGCACAUUUAGGUGUCAAGUUGAAAGACCUCCUCUCUUUUAUUACAUUAACUUUUGAUUUAAAUGAAGUAUUUUUUUAAAUAAGAACACUGCAGUGAACUUUUAACACAUUCGCUAACGCAGUCAUGAAGCGUACUUGGAAGCAUAUUAUAACUUUGUUUAAUAUCUUUUUAAAAAGAUUGAAUCACAAAAUUAUAAGCACUAAUAUAGUAGGAAAUGUAGCUCUUAUACGUAAUACAAAUAACGAUUAUUCUAUGCAUAGAUACACUUUACGCCAUUAAAUUCUAAUAUACCUACAUAUAAUAUUAUUUCACAUUUAGGCCGUUCAUGUUAAUCCAUCCAUCACUUAUUAUAAUAGUCGAAACACUGUACAUCAAGGAUUAAUAAUUCUCACAAAAUAAUUAUCUGGUCAAACGCCAUGUUCUUAGACUUGACACAACCUUUUACAGGAACAUAGAAGAUAUAUUUGUAAUAGCAUAUUUAUACGCACUUAGCGCUAAUAAUAUAUCCGAUGAAGAAAAAUAUUAAAGCGACAAGAAACGACACAAAUAAUAUAUGAGCCACGUGGCGCCCAACGUGUUAAAUAUAGCGCCUUAGAAUCGGCUAUAGAUGUAAAGUUAAAAGUAAAAGUGAGUAUGUAAAUA